AUGUUCAGAAGACUUCAACUAGACUCGAAUCACAGAAUCAUCUUAGCUUUGAGACUCACUGCUCUGCUAUUUUUCUUUCGUUCAGUUCAGUAUGCUUAUGGCUACUCAUCAAGGGCUCAUAUCUUCAUAUAUGCAGUCUGCUCUCAAGAAAAAUACCAACCUAACUCACCCUUUGAAGGCAACCUUAACAGCUUUCUGUCUUCAGUGUUCAGUUCAUCAUCUGAGGUUACUUACAAUAGCUUUGCUAUUGGAAAUGGAAGCUCAACACCACAAGAGGGAACCAUAUAUGGCUUAUACCAGUGCAGAGGUGAUUUGCAUCCAAUUGACUGCUCAAAAUGUGUUGGAAGAUCUGUUAAUCAAAUAGGCUUGGUUUGUCCCUAUGCCCUUGGUGCUUCUUUGCAACUUGAAGGCUGCUACGUAAGAUACGAACAUACUGGUGAUUUCCUAGGAAAACUGGACACCAGUCUGAGGUACAAGAAAUGUAGUAAAGCAGUAACUAAUGAUGGUGGGUUCUUUGAGCGUAGAGACGAUGUUCUUGCUGAUUUGCAAACAGCUAAUGGAUUUAGAGUCAGUAGUUCAGGCCUAGUUGAAGGGUUUGCACAAUGCUUGGGGGAUUUAAGUGUAUCGGAUUGCUCCUCUUGUCUAGCUGAUGCAGUUGGAAAGCUGAAAAGCUUGUGUGGAUCAGCAGCAUCAGCUGAUGUGUUCUUGGGACAAUGUUAUGCUCGGUACUGGGCAUCUGGCUAUUAUGACGAAUCAGAUUCUUCCAACGAUGACCAAGUUGGAAAAUCUGUUGCCAUUAUUGUGGGUGUGUUUGCAGGUCUAGCCGUUCUAGUUGUACUCCUCUCAAUUUGCAAAAAGGCAGCAGGUUAAGAAGAUAGAGGUGCCAAAAGAUUGGGU